AUGGCUGUAAAAGUAGAUACAGGAGAAGUGGAAAUGCGAGUUGUCUUUGCUUAUGCGCCACAGUACGUCCAAUCCCUGGAAGGCGAAGAACUGCUUCUAAUCGGAGGAGGCUUGAACGGACAUGUCGGUUCUCGGAAAGAUGACUUCGACGGUUGUAAGGAAGGUUACGGCUACGGAGCUCGUAACGACGACGGGUUGCGAAUCCUGGAGUAUGCUGUUGCAGGAAGAGACAUCCAAGAUUUGAAACAACGCAUCAAAUGGUGGAACCUGAAGGAUCGAAAGGAGGUAUUCUUCGCGUCCGUGGCUCUAUCUACACUUCCCUACCCUACUCGUAGUGUGAGGAAAUUUGGUCGUCUGCUUCCACGCUUGACCGAUGAGAACACUCUGGGAAAGACGACUCUAGGUAAGCCCAAAGUAAAAAAGGCUACGUGGUUUUGGAACGAGGAAGUUCAGGCGGCAAUUCGUGAGAAGAAGUCCAAGUAUAAGCUCUGGUGGAUGACACGUCAGCCUGAAGAUGGGGAUGCUUACCUAGCGGCGAAGAGGGAGGCUAAGAAGGCAGUCUCCAAGGCGAAGUCGUACCGCUACAGGGCUGUGUACGACAUGCUUGAUACCAGCGAAGGGGAGCGGGCAGUGUAUCGUUUAGUCAGAGUGCGACAUCGCUCAACGUUGGAAACGGAACACACCAAGAUCGUUAAGGGAGCUGAUGGUACCGUUCUGCUCGGUCGCUCUGGUCAGAUCCUGCAGAGGUGGCGAGAGUACUACAAUCAGUUGCGUAACGAAGAGUUCUGCCAUCAUCCCAUACCAACCGUUCCCAGCGUCGAGGGUUCUAUUUUACCAAUUACUGCAGUCGAACUCAGUGCUGCCCUCGCAAAAAUGAAGUGGAACAAGGCAACCAGUCCUGAUGACAUACCUAGUCAUGUUUGGAAGCUGUUAGGAGAUCGAGGGUCCGUGUGGCUCGCAACUCUAUCUAACAAGAUCGUUGCAUAA